CCGAAGGGAAACCACCAGUAAUUUCAUUUCCGUGUUUCUUUUAUUUGCAAAGCAUACCGACGUACUGAUUUGCAGUCUUGUCGCACCAUACUCUUCUCACAAACCCUAACCCUAGGUCCCUAACCUAAUUUUUCAGUACUACUUUGCAUUGAAAAAUCCGAAGAAAAUGUGUUCUUCCUCUGCAUCUCCCUCGUCUCUUUUCCUCUCCACCGGCACUCCUAUUCUACGAAGUCGUAUCGUUCCAAUCUUCAGUUCUUCUAGCCCAUUUAUCAAUUCUCACAGAUUCAGAAACCCUAGGUUAUGUAUCUCCUCAUCAGUCUCCGAGACAAGCUUCGAGGUCACGUGGGUGUCUCCUGAACGCAAUGCAAGCGACGACUAUGGUGGCUGGGCGGUUGUCGAGUCUCCAUGUCGUAAGAAGAAGAAAGGGUCAAGUGCACUUUUUUGUGUGGUUACUGGGACUUCGAUUGCCAUUCUACUCUCCGCCAUUGCUUACUUCUCAUUAUCAAGAAAAGGUUUUAGGCUUCAGUUUAAUAAACCGAUGCAUUCUAUCCAUGAAAUCUUUGUGCGAACUAAAACUGAAGCUGGUCAAAGCAACACUGUGUACUCCAAUGCAUCUGAUGUGGACACCAACAUUGUUGAGGCCGGCACAGAGAGUGCAUCUAAUGAAAUUGAUGAAGAUGUGGCAUCAGCAUCCAAAAAGGUUAAGCAUGUUCUGAUCCCAGUUGCUGCAGAUUCCACUCAACAAGAAGCUCUAUUGGUUCUGAAGAAACUGAAGAUAAUUGAGGAUGAUGUCAGUGCAGAUGAAUUAUGCACUAAGAGGGAGUAUGCAAGAUGGUUGGUCCGAGCAAAUUUGUUACUAGAAAGGGACCCAAGACACAGGAUAUUUUCCUCCAGUUUACCUUCUGGGUCCAUAAUUUCUGCAUUUGAUGAUGUGAAUGCUGAAGACAGAGAUUAUGGGUCUAUUCAAGCCCUAGCAGAGGCUGGCAUUAUACCUAGCAAGCUAUCAGGGAACUCCAACUCUGCUCUUGACAGUUCGAAAGUCCAGGGAGAGGUCUAUUUUUCCCCUGAUAGAUUUAUAUCCAGACAAGAUCUGAUAAACUGGAAGGCUCAAUUAGAAUAUAAAUUCAUGCCAGGAAUUAAAGAGAAGAUAUCCAGAACAAAAGUGGAUUUUAUGGACAUGAAGGAGAUCAGUUCAGAUGCAUCACCAGAGUUUUUUAUAGACAUGCUGGCUGGUGACAGGAGUAUAGUCAGAAAAGUUUUUGGACAGAGCAAGCGGUUUCAACCAAAUAAACCUUCAACAAAAGCACAAUCAGCAGUUGCACUGACAAGUGGUAGGAUGACAGAAGUAAUUCAUACAGAAUUGUUGAGACUAGAGGCUGAGAAACUCUCAAGGGAAGCUGAAGCUGAAGAAAUUAGGUCUCAGUUGCUCAACCGAGGAGACAUACAAAGCUUUUGGAGUGAGAAGAUUAAAGAUGAGAAAAUCCGUGGUUUUGAGGUGGAGAAGGACUAUCUUGCUGCAGUUAGUGAUUUGGAAGAGGAGAGGAUUGUUCAUGUGAAUUGUCUCACUGAGAAUUUGAAGGAGAAGGCAGCUAUGGAAUGCCAGAGUCAGCUUCUUUUCAGGCUCAAAGAUGAAGUCGAUGAGAUGUCAGAGCGGCUUGCAUGUGAGAGGACGGGUUAUAUGGCUGAGCAGCGCAAUUUGCAGGACAUGCUCAAUGAAUUACAGAACAAACAGGAAGGAGUGCUUGAUGUGAAAUCUAUACUGGAAGCUGAGAAAGAAGCUCUUCGAAUUCUCAGAUCUUGGGUUGAGGAUGAAGCACGAAAAAACCAAGCUCGUGCCAAGGUUCUUGAGGAGGUAGGACGGCGGUGGAAAUGGGACAGUGAUGCCCAAAUGUCAUAAACCCCUGAAGGCAGAGUUUUUUCAAUGAAUUGUUCAAAGAAAGGCUAAUCUGGAAUCUUGAUUUGAUUGUUUGAGGACCAAGAAUUCAUGUGAAACUCAGGCUAGCUAAAUGGAAAUGUGGCACCUCAUCUUGUAGUUAGCAGCUUUCCGUGCUGAGAUCAUAUGUUGUCACAUGUGGAAUGAAAUAAUCAUAUAAUCAAACCAAGAUGAAUGGAUCUCAAUGUUUUGAGGCGCUUCCUUUUUUCA